AUGACUAAAAUAGCUAUUGUCUACUACUCAACUUAUGGCCACACCCUCCAGCUUGCCAAGGAGGAAGCUGCUGGUGUUGAGGCAGCCGGUGCCCAAGUUGACAUUUUCCAAAUCCCUGAAACUCUUAGCGGCGAGAUUCUCGAGAAGAUGCAUGCUCCUCCUAAACCUUCCGACAUUCCUUACGCAGACCUUAACACUCUGACAGAGUACGACGGUAUUCUGUUUGGAUUUUCCACCCGUUUCGGCACUUAUGCUGCCCAAUUCAAGGCCUUUUGGGAUGCAUCCGGCGGUCUUUGGGCAUCCGGAGCUUUCCACGGCAAAUACGUCGGCCUUUUCCUUUCUACAGGCACAAUGGGCGGUGGCCAGGAGACUCUGGCCCGUAACACAAUCUCUUCCUUUGUCCACCAUGGCAUGAUUUACGUUCCUCUUGGCUACAAGGAUGCCUUUGGCGAGCUUGCAAACCUUGAGGAGGUUCACGGUGGUUCUCCUUGGGGUGCCGGUACUUUUGCCGGUGCUGAUGGUUCCAGGCUUCCCUCGGAGCUUGAGAAGAAGGUGGCUUUUACUCAGGGCAAGUCUUUUGCCGGUGUUGUGUUGAGAGCUACCUCUGGUGCAGCUAAUGCUGCCGCUGCCGAAACUGCUACUCCUGCCGCUGCUCCUGUCGCUGCUCCUGUCGCUGCUGCUGCUGCUACCGAACCUGCUGCUGCUCCCGCUGUCGAGAAAAAGGCUGCAGCUCCUGCACCCCGGGCAAACCAGCAGGCAGCUCCUGCCAAAAAGCCUGCUGAAGAAAAGAAGAAGUUUGGCUGCUGCAUAAUAAUGUAA